AUGUCCGAGUUCCUCGAUGCCUACUGGCAGGCGCCGCCUGUUGCAAGAACAUUUGCAACAGCCGCGUUCGUCACCUCUCUUUCUGUUCUCCUGGGCGUCGCAAACGGAUACUGGUUCAUCUUCAUGCCCCAGUUUCUUUUCCAGAUCCCGCCUCAGAUUUGGCGUCUCGGGACCAACUUCUUGCUCACCGGCCCCCAACUUGGCCUGCUCUUUGACACGUACUUCCUGUACCACUACCUGACGGCGCUCGAGGUCGGCAACCCUAGGUUCGCCAGGCGCGAGGAUGUCAUCUGGUAUCUCAUGUUCGUUUGCACUGUCAUCACGGCACUCUGCACCUACCUCAUGGGCGGAGGAGCCUUCCUGCCGGCUUUGAUUCUCGCCAUGUGCCGUACCGUCACCCAAGACCAACGUGGGAUGAAGGCCAACUUUUACUUCGUCACCAUCCCCGCUCAGCUCACUCCGUUCUGCAUGAUGCUCGUGUCGUUGCUGUUCCCUGGCGGAUACUACACCGCUAUGCUCCAGCUUAUGGGCUUCCUGGCCGCUCACCUCUACGAUUUCCUGUCCCGCGUGUGGCCUGAGUUCAGCGGAGGCAGCAACCUGAUCCCUACACCCGGCUUUCUGUCUCGUCUUGUGCAGACGCCUCGCUUUAAUCAGCGUGGAUACGGAACUGCCGUUCGCGGUGGUGGCGGUGGUGGCUCCGCCCAAACUUCGGGUAGCAGCACUGGUGUAUCACAGGGCGGCGGUGUUUUGCCCGAGUCGUGGAGGACAAGAGGACCUGGCAGACGUCUGGGUUAA